AUGCGAAAUCGUCAUCGUGCCAGAGUAGUGCAAGUCUUUCCGAAGUUGGUUGCGUGCUGUCUUAUAUACUAUGGUGAUCGCGGGAUCAGUGGACUCAACGCGCUCCACCUGGCCUCCAAGGAAGGUCAUGUGGACAUUGUUCGCGAGCUCGUGCGGCGCCAUGUGGAUGUCAAUCAGCCGACCAACAAGGGCAACACUGCACUCCACAUUGCAAGCCUCGCGGGACAGUUUGAGGUGGCGAAAAUUCUCAUUGAAAACGGAGCCAAUGUUAACGCCCAAUCCCAGAAUGGUUUUACGCCGCUCUACAUGGCUGCACAAGAAAACCAUCUGGAGGUAGUGACCCUGCUGCUGGCCAACGGCGCCAAUCCGAGCCUCACCACGGUGGACGGGUUCACGCCCCUGGCCGUGGCUCUCCAGCAGGGCCACGAGAGGACGGUGGCUGUCCUGCUGGAGUCAGACGCCCGAGGCAAGGUCUGUCUGCCCGCGUUGCACAUUGCGGCGAAAAAAGACGACGUCAAGGCAGCCAGUCUUUUGCUCAACGGAGACGUUAACGUCGACCACCAAUCAACGAGCGGUUUUACGGCCUUGCACAUCGCCUCGCAUUACGGAAACGUUAAUAUGGUUGAGCUCCUCAUUUCGCGCGGAGCGGACAUCAACUUCCAGGCCAAAGACACCGCCCUUCCGUUGUUGUUGUUGUUGGUGGACGAGGAGGGCACGUGCUACUGUCCCACGAGCCUCGGCCACGAUGGGAUCUGA